AUGGUUGCAACGGUGCAGAUAUUCACGGGACCUCCGGUGUUUGACUUACUCCGAGGGACAGUAAUCAACAACAACAACAACAACAACAACAACAACAGGAAGAGCAGGACUCCUCGCGAUGAACUAUGGAGAUUGAUUCAGUUCAUGAUCUUCGAGCACUCCCACAAGCUUGGCGAGGUUCCCCAUAUCAAAGUCGAUUUACACCUGUAUUGGCUACCGGUUAAGUGUCGCCUUCAGAGCCAGUUGUCCGCCAAGCUCAUCGCCAUCAAAUGUCGUCAGCAUGAAGGCAUGGAAAACAUAUUUACCCUAGACGGUAGAGCCAGACCAGCUGCAGAGAUGCCUCUACCGGUGUAUCUCGAUAGAGAUAUGGAACACGCCCUUGACAAGAAAAUCAAACGUUACGAAAAGGAGUUGGAAAUGAAAUUAGCAGUAGCUAGUGCUCCUAUUACUCCUCCAGUUGGAUACCACGACUCGUGGUACGGCCAGUCAUACGACCCCUGCCCGGAGCCAUACGUCUCCUCCUUCUCCGACCCCGAGGACUUUUACGAUUCGGACCUCGAGGUCCACAAGUCCCUCGAGAUCUCCCCCACGCCCUUUCACCCCAGCAACUCGGUGCCCUACACGUCAGACCCGCCUCCAAUGGGCGGCCCUCCGGACAUGGUAUCGGACAUCCCCUUCCCGGGAACGGACAAGCCACUGUGGUGGCGCGAUCUCGGUCCGUCGCCCUCCCACCACAGCAACUCCGUGCCCUACAUAUCAGACCCGCCUCCAAUGGGCGGCCCUCCAGACAUGGUAUCGGACAUCCCCUUCCCGGGAACGGACAAGCCACUGUGGUGGCGCGAUCUCGGUCCGGCCCGUCCCACCAUCGAGCAGAUCAGCUCGACCAAGAACUCGGCCCCAAGCAUCGAGAAAGAUGCUGUUUCAGGCACCGAAAAAGCCACGGUGCCUAGAACCGAAGCGACGGCUGAGGAGGAGGACGACCUAAUGGAGGAGCAUGUUUUAGAGCAGUGCAUUCUUUUCAUGCAGGAGAGGAGGAUGCGUGGACACAGGAAUGAACCGGUUUUGGAGCAGUGGCAGGAAGUCUGCCUCAAGGAGCUUCGCUCUAUGGCGCCUGAGAAUCCCCUCGUGCGUGUUCAUGAGGCGAAGAGAGCCCGAAUUAACAGCUUGCUGGACGAAAUCCAUGCCAUGCGUGUGGACAUAAGCCAGCGGCAAAAGCGGGUGAAUGAGAAAGACAAGGAGGUGCGCCACCUGGCGCGUGACCAGCCUUUCUUCUUCGGAGCAUCCUUUUCUUAA